GGCCGAGGGCGGGAAAGGGAAGCUCCGGAGGAGCGGAGAGGGGGAGGGCCAGCCCCAAGGGCAGGGCGGAGCACAAUAGUCGCGUCUCUGGCGGCGCAGAGGCCUCCGGGAAACCGGAACUGAAGCUCGCACCCAGCCACCCUCCUCCUCCUCCCUCCGCCCCCGCCUCCAGCUUCGGUUGGGAAAGGAUGGAAGAGCUUCACCAGAUGGACUCACUGGGGCUGCUUUGCUGCCUCCACAGGGAGCCUGGAGUGCCAGGGAUGGCCUUGGAGAGGGACAGACUCCCAGCCCAGGAGGUGAUGACGUUCAAGGAUGUGGCUGUGGACUUCACUCGGGAGGAGUGGCGCCUCUUGUCCCCUCCCCAGAAGGAGCUGUACAAGGAGGUGAUGCUGGAGAAUGCCUGGAACCUGCUCUUUGUGGAUUGGUUCCCUGAAUUCACCUACUCCUCUCCCCACCCUAAAUGCUGAGGAGACUCUCCUCCAGGAUUCCCUGUAAGCCUCCUGAAGGCCCUGCUUGCCCUCCUCUGAUUGAAAAGAUGAAUGGACUGGCAUAGAGACAACAUUGGGCCCAACGAGGAUUGUUGGGUUCCCCAGGAGAGGAGGCAGAGACUUCCCAAGAGAAGAGUCCCUGAGGCUCAGAGAAGUGUCAGGGAGGGAGGAACAGGCAGGGUGAUGGGACAAAAUCCGAUCUCUCUAGGUCCCUGUGUCUGGGGCUUCAGACUGACGCAGAACACUGACCCUUGGACCCAGUUUAGGAGUUUAGGAGUUUCUGCCAGAAUGGAUCAGAACAUGGUGGGAAGGGGGCUGUUGCUCAAUCAAGGUCCCCCAGCAGGGUAACAGGCACAUCUUACCCUGGACUCCGCAUUACAGAUACUAAGAGAUGAGAGCAGACUCCUAUUGGAACCCCAUGGACAAAGUCUCUGAGUGGAGUCACUGGACUCCCCAGCCUUUCCCUAAAGAGAACUCAGUGACGAGCUUCUCUCCAUCCUCCUCCCUAACUAUUCCCCAUGCCCAGGGCUUCCAGCUCCCCCAGAAGACGUGAUCUCUUCUUUGGAGCAGAGGGAAGUCCCAUUGA